AUGGCAACCAAGAUUGAGGCUCUGGCUACUGUCUCUGACCAUGUCGAAAAGGCAGCAGUCAUAGAUCCAGUUGGAGUUCAGAAAGCUAUUGAUUCCCAAGACCUCACCCCCAAGCAACAAUACCAACGUCUCUGGACAAACUUGAAGAAGGACAAACGCUAUGUCUUUUGGUCGCUCUACAUUAUGUCCCUUGUCUUCGGAUGGGGCUAUGAUCAAGGUCUCUCAGGUGUAGCGAUCGCCUUUCCAGAGUUUCGCAAAGUCUAUGGUGAAUACUAUGAAGUCGGCGACCAAUACGUCAUCCCAGCGCUCUGGCAAUCUCUUUGGAACGCAGCUAGCACUAUUGGUCAGGUCUUUGGAGCUUUCCUUGCUGGACAAUUCGCAGACUAUGUCGGUCGAAAAGCUGUCCUUUGGACUGCUGUCGUUUUGUCCCUGGCUGCCUCUUUCGCUCUCGUCUUUGCACCUAGCCUGCCCAUCCUUUUCGUGUCUAAGCUCUUGCUCGGUCUCUCGGUUGGCCUUUCAACUGUUACUCCUCCUCUCUACGUCACAGAGAACGCGCCAGCUGCUCUCCGAAGCUCUCUCAGCUCUCUCACCAACGUCGUUAUUGUGCUGGGAUUCUUCCUCUCAUCCAUCACUGGUUGGGGAUCCUCGAAGAUUCAGGGCGAGUGGAGCUUCCGGCUUGCCUUUGUGAUGACAUUCCUUGUGCCGACACUAUUUGCUAUCGGCCUCCCCUUCCUACCCGAAUCCCCUAUCUGGUACGUCAAGAAGGGUCGAGACGACGACGCGCGAAAGGCCAUUGUUAAGCUCUAUGGUGAUUCAAUCGAUGCAGAGGAGAGACUGAACUUCAUCAAGUCAGAAUUGGAAGUCGCCGCUGGCGAGGCCUCGAUGGCGAAGCAGACAAGCUGGAGAGCCAUCUUCUCCAAGGAGCAUCGAACCAGAACUCUAGUUGCAGUUAUGGGGUUACAAUCACAAAACUUCUCUGGCGGUUACUUUGCAAACACAUACCAGACCUACUACUUCGAGCUCAUCGGCCAAGCCGAUCCCUUCGGCCUAACUGCGAUUUCUUCGACACUACAAUUCCUCUCGAACUGCUUUGCCGUCACCGUUUCCGACGUCCUUCCCCGACGAAAGUCUCUAGUUGGAGGCGGUACACUUCUGUGCUGUUGGUCAAUUAUCAUUGCUGGAGCCUCGCUAGCUGGUACAUCCAAUCGCGCCGCCAAUACCGCCCUACUUACAUUCAUGAUCACAUGGUCUAUGUUGUACACCGCCACUGUCGGUUGCUUUGGCUGGGCUGUCGCUCAGGAGACUGCUUCUCAGGCCACCCGUCCCAAGACUAUUGCUUUCAGUCUCGUAUGCCAGCAACUCACAGCCCUUAUGUUGUCCUCUGUGUUCCCAUACUUUAUCAACCCUGAUCAGCUGAAUUGGGGUGGAAAGGUCAUGUUUUUGUUCGUUGGAGCUGAAGUUUUCAUUCUCGCUGCUUUAUUUUGGUUCCAACCUGAGACCAAGAACAGGACAUAUCAUGAUAUUGAUUGCUUGUAUGCUGGUGGUGUUCCUCCUAGGAAGUUCUCUGAAUUUGUGGUUAACGACGGCGCCGUCGUUCAAAGGCCUAAGGCUUAA